AUGGCAUUCAGCUUCAAAGUCCAAAUUGGCCGAAGGCAAGCGCAGCCUCAGGAGGAAGUCGACGAGCCUUUCGAGAUAAUCGAGACUCCUGCUGCUGAAGAAUCUCAUCCCAACCAUCCUCACGGUGGACAUUCCCACGACGGGCAUGCUCACUUCCACCGCUCACGCGAAGGCCGUGUGCUCAGCCACAAACUCUCUGCCUGCCUUGGACAUGGAAGCGAAGGCCUAUCAGCACCACACAUGAAUAUGCAUCCCCAGGACCAAAGCCGUCUUUUCAGCCUGCCCGCCGAGAUUAGACUCUACAUCUAUGAGCUUGCACUCGCAGUCGACGGUGGGAUAGCAGAGCUGGGCAGGCCUCCUUCCAAGCACCACCUGGCCAUGCUCAGAACGUGCCAGCGAGUACGUAAUGAAUCUAAAGAUAUCUACUAUGAUCUCCACCGGUUCAUUGUACGAACAGCCGACACUGUCCGGAAUGCGCCCCACCGUCAGCGAGACUUGAUCCACGCAAUCACCAUUUCGACCUCCUCCGGAGUACAGGCUCUGGAGAUGGUACAGAAAGCUGCGACACUGCCGAACCUGCGGUCUAUUCACUUCAAGCGGGACAUCUCGCUCCGCUAUCUCAACAUCUCACUGUGGUCGUUGAUGGCAAGGCAAAUCCAGACGGCAUUGGCGGAGCUGAAGUCGCUUGAAAAGAUUGAGUUCUUCACUGCAGACGCAAGCACUGCUCUUGAAGGCAACGAGCUGGUCCGACUGGAGAAGUUGCGGAAAGUCGAUUCUAUGCUGAAAGUGAGUGUUAGGAAGAACACCGUAGACGGCUUGACGGAGGAGUGA